AUUAUGAAUAUAUUAUUUUAUUUUCAAUUCAUAGAGUUGCAUUACACAAAUAAGAAAUAAAAUUAAUAUUAAUAUCUUAACAAUAAUAUAAUUAUCUUAACAAUUCUACUAACAUUUCAGGUUCUCGUAACCUGUCAGGAAAUCGCGAGGAUUCCUACGACGAACUGGACUUUUUGUCCGACGGACGUGGUCGACCUAUUCAGGAAGAUCCUUACGAGAACGAUUUCGUGAUCACUCAACGACGUUUCAAGGAACGUGCGGCCGCCGCGUUCGAUGAGGAUAUGGCGGAAUUGAGACGCAAGCGGCAAGAUAUGCAGGAUCGCAUCUUUGACGUGAUUGAUCUCAACGCCGAGAUAGAGAAGGCCAAGACCACUCUAGAGGCCGCCGACAUCGUGUUUCAACGACACGCAACCAAGUUCGACAACCAGGAUGACGACGAUCAGACGCAGACGAAGUCGCUGGCGCAGAGACCUGACAGAAUACGCAAGAUCGCGAAUAUCGAGCCUUCGGAGAAGCCGAAGCCCAAAACCUUCCUGAUAAAAUUACCCAAGAUGCUGAUGGACGAGCCGGAAGCCGUCCAAUCCGCCAAUCAGACAGGAAGACAGCGCAGGAUCAACUCACUAAUUGAUACCGGCGAGAUCGGUGAUCCACUGGAGACUCUCGCGAUGCGGCCGAUGAAGCGAAGGUUUUUGAAGAGAAAGAAAAGCGUUUCAUUUUAAAUAUUGAAAAUACUUUUCUAUCUGAUGCUGUAUGCAAAAUCUAUUAAUCUUACUUUAACCAGAAAUUCUUAAAAUUUGGAGACCUUUUGUCAUUUUAUUUUAAGAACUAAAUAUCUGUAUAAUUAAUACUUAAAUUCAAAGUUUAUUCAAAUUUGGAUCAUUUUAAAUAGAGAAGAAUAUGCUUUUAUUAUCUAUUUAUAUUUUUGAAGAUUAUUUCCUGAAAAUAAUCCUUUAUUUUUAAUCGUUUUUCUUUUACAAA